CUCGGGUAAACGAAAAGGCGAGCGCCAGCCAUGAACAGAGCUAUUCCCAGAAGUCUUUCACUUCAAAUUCGCAGCCAUCUUCUCGAUCCUCUAAAAUCCGUAACAAAUCCUAUCACAUCGUCAUUUAUAGUUGUUUCCAGGACUCGUUCUACGCAAAUAUUCUACUCGUCUGAGUCCGACACAUCCCAUGAAGCAAAAUUUGCUCGAACCCAGACGCGACAUGGUGAAGUUGACGAUGUCGCUGGCGUGAGCAACCAUGAGCUAAAGAAGAGGAUAGAGAAAUACUACGAGGGGGAUGAAGAGGCGAUUCCAGAAAUAUUUGAAGCUAUAUUGAAGAGGAAAUUGGCAGGGAUUAGCGAUAAGGAUGACGAAUUGAUGGCAGAAGUUGGGUGAAAUCUCCAAGUGUUGAUUUUGAUUCUGAAUCCGAAUUGAAUGAUUCUAAUGGCGAGAAAGAAUGAUGCGAAAUUGCUAUUACAGAAUAAAAAAUCAACAAACAAGAAAACUUGGAACAAUCAUAGCAACUGGUGCUCGCUCGCAUGAGACAGUGCCGCUCUAGCCAAGCAAUGAGCUCUGCCAUCAGCUCGCCUCCUUACCCACUGCAAGGACAAAUUACAAUCCUGCUGUAUCAAUGCUCUGCAAUCCUUUAUGACUAUGCCAUACUCAGACCAAUCGUCUUCAAAAGAAACAAUCGCAAAGAAAAUCUCCUGUGAGUCAAUCUCAAACUUGAAACCUCCCAUUCCCCCCAUCCAAUUUUUUUAACGUUUUAAAGAGAACAUAUUAAUUUCUUUUAUAUAAAAUAAAAAUAUCAUAUAUGUUCAAAUGA